CUGAAGUAUGAGCUCGACUAUGCUGGUGGCGGGGCUCAACAGAAAAAGCAACCAAGUGCGCCACCUUACGAAGGUGAAGAAACUUCGACUCAUAGUAUUCUGUUUUGGAUUGUUGUUAUAUUCGUUAUAGCAAUGUUUGUGUUUGCACUUAUACCGAGUCCUGCGUCUCGUGCAGGUCAUCGUGACGGUUCUAGUCGAGGUAAGAAUAGGUUUUGUUAA